UGUACAUCAAAAUUAAGAACGGCCCAAAUUUUGUUAGAAGCGGAUUCAACUUUCGUAAGAAAAUUCUCAUUCGCGCAUGCCGCAGCUUCCGAAAAUGGCUGCCGUCUGUCUACGAAGACUCGCCCCGCACAUCUUCCGGAAUCCCUCUCUCACCCACUCUUUUGGAGCAACAACUGCCGUCCGAUCGACCGCCUCCUCUGCCAUCUCCUCACCGCGGACUUCUUCCGCCAAGGUGUCUGACCGGAUCGUGAAUCUCUUUGCAAUCGAUCCCGAUGGUCGGAAGCGCGACGUGAUCGGACUCUCCGGCCAGACGCUUCUCAAGGCCCUGGCCAACCAUGGAUUGAUUGAUCCGGCUUCCCACCGUCUUGAAGAUAUUGAUGCCUGCUCUGCUGAGUGCGAGGUCCACAUUGCGCAGGAGUGGCUCGAGAAGCUUCCCCCGCCCACGUACGAUGAACAGUACGUUCUCAAGAGGAACUCUAGGAAUAAGGUUCUGAACAAGCACUCCAGACUCGGAUGCCAGGUCGUCCUCACUCAGGAGCACCAGGGUAUGGUCGUCGCGGUCCCGGAGCCAAAGCCUUGGGAUACUCCUUAAAGGAGUGAAGCUCUGCAAGGCUUCAAAAUUCCGCGGGGAGACACUAACUUUAGCAAUGCUGUUUUGGAUGCUGUUUAAAAUUUGCUACUGGAAUAAGACAUUUUGGUACGAAAGCAUUCCAAUUCGCCCUUUUGUUUAUUUAUGCACACAUAAAAGGCCUCAAACAUGUAACACUCACUCCCUGACUACCAGUUGAAAUUGGUUCCUGCUCGCAUUGGUGAUAGUACCACAUUGCCACCAUACUUCCGUCAUGUUGAUUUGUUUGUUCUUAGUGUGCAGUCUGUCAAUGUGCAUUUCUGAUGUUAUUGUAGGAGAAUUAGGAAAACUUAUUCUUAAUUGGAAAAACUGUCAAAUAAGUUCUCGUACUUUCUCAUAAAAGUCAAUUAAGUCCCUGUACCUGAUAAUCGUUCAAUUAAGC